UGGGAUUGGCGUAGAGAGGUUGGAGGGGCGGGCUUAGUGCUAUUCUGGAAAUCAUUUUGCGUAGCGCAUCUGUAUCAGCGGAAACAGCGCUGAGAUGUGUGGGAUCCUGCAGUGUCUCAGACAAAUACACUGAUCUGUCCGCACACGUUUCACUUUAUCUACCCGGCGCUCCUCCAACCUAUUAAAGCUUCCUUCAGUUUGAAUAUUUAAACAUAAUGGGUUUACGUUGCCUGCUGGGGUGCUCAGGACUUCACUACUAGUUUCCAUAGAAAACCCAUCAGAAAGAGUCAAAGCGUUUACUGGAUCAGCUGGGAGCAUGGCCCAGGUCGAGGAGGCUCAGACUGAGGGCGAGGGAAGCCCCCAGAUGAUCUCCUUGAGAUCAGACGCAUCAGGAAACCAUGUGGACGAUGGAGAAGGGGGACCUUCCAUCAGGAGGAAGAGGAGGAAGAAGAAAGACCCGCGGCCAGAGUCCAUUAUUGUUUACCGCUCAGAUAUGGAGAGAGCACCUGGAGAGGAGCAGGGUGGUGAGGAGGGAGGAGAGAGGAGCACAGAGGAGGGAGCUAAAUUCCUCUGCACACCAACAGGCGAAGGAGAAAGAUGGAGCCUUCCUCCAGACAGCCGCUACGUCACCCUGACCGGCACCAUCACCCGAGGGAAGAAGAAGGGUCAGGUGGUGGACAUUCACCUCACUCUGACUGAGAAGGAAAUCAGGGAUCUGGCCAAGUCCAAGGAGCGCCUCGAUGCGGAGUGUGAGGCGGGGGACGGCUAUAAACGCCCGUGUGGCUUCGGAGUGUGCCAGGGGCCCCACGUCGUCCUGUGGAGCCUCUCCUGCGCCCCCGUCAUCUUCCUCCUCUCCUUCAUCACCUCCUUCUACUACGGCACUCUCACCUGGUACAAUGUCUUCCUGGUGUACAACGAGGAGCGGACGUUCUGGCACAAGAUCACUAUUUGCCCUUUCCUCAUCAUUUUCUACCCCAUGCUCAUCAUGCCCAUGGCUCUGUCUCUGGCCCUGUACUCUGCUGUGGUGCAGGUCUCCUGGGCCUUCAGUGAGUGGUGGCUGGCUGUCAGAGACCUGGAGAAAGGCUUCUGUGGCUGGGCCUGUGGCAAGCUGGGCCUGGAGGACUGUUCCCCCUACAGCAUAGUGGAGCUGCUUGACUCUGACACUGUCUCCGGCACUCUGCAGAGCAAGGCGCCCAGUGAACUCGCCCAGACAUCCUCAGUGUGAAGUGUGCGGCCUCAGUCAAAGUGAUCUAACAGACAUGUCAGAACGCUCUAGUUGGUCACAGGAAAAGUAUUUGGAAGCUGUUUCACUGUACUUUCCUGUAAAUGACAACUCGUCAAACACUGCCUGUAUAAUCCUGAAAUGCUGAACUAUUGCUACAAAUUUUGUAAAGUAUUAUCGGAUCCAAAUCACUAUAAAUUAUUCCUCUGAGCAUGGAAGGAUUACUGAACGGGCCUACCGGGCACCAAACACAAAACGAUCGCAAAGAGACUAAAUUGACCACAAAAAAACAUACGAUUAAUGAUUAAAAACGACCAAAAAUGACUAUACAGCUGCAAAACAACUACAAGAGACACUAAAUGACUGAAAAUAGACACAUAACGACAUAUAUACCAACUACAAACGACCCAAAAGGACUACAAAAAAAACAUAAAAUGACUAAAAAGAGAUGCAAAAUGACUAACGAUAAAUGCAAUACUGAUCCAAAAUCACUAUAAAUUAUUCCUCUGAGCAUGGAAGGAUUACUGAACGGGCCUACCGGGUUCCAAACACAAAAUGAUCGCAAUGAGACUAAAUUGACCACAAAAAACCAUACACAUAAUUAUGUGUUAUUAUUAUUAUCAUUAUUAUUAUUAUAAUGACUAAAAAACUAAAAUUAAAAAUGACUACACAGCUGCAAAACAACCACAAGAGACACUAAUUGACUGAAAAUAGACACAUAACGGCAUACAUACCAACUACAAACGACUCAAAAGGACUACAAAAAAAACAAAAUGACUAAAAAGAGAUGCAAAAUGACUAAGGAUAAAUGCAAUACUGAUGCAAAAUGACGUCAAGUUGACUAUAAGAGUUUGGGCGUCUUGUUUCUAUGAAGACAGGGUAUAUAAUAUAUAUAUAUAUAUA